AUGGAGAGGAAAGAGGUACACCGUCACGGAUGCAGUAUAGCCAAGCAGACGAUACUGACUACGCAUCCUAGUGGGCUGCAGACUAGAGUAUCAGUGGAGCUGGCUAACUUCGAUGCUUUAUGCAUGCAUGAAUGCACAAGUAAAACUCCAAAAAGACCAAUGUGGGAAGGCAGUCCUUUCUUAUCACGCCGUUUAGGAGGGGUCUCUGCUCAUGGGACACCGGUGCUCGGCAGAAGGAGUGAUGCGGUGAAUGAAGGGAGACUGUCCCAGCAAUGUACUCCGGUGAUGAGGAGGCGGGAGGUGGAGAGCCCGGGGGGUUCCCCCCUGCCGGUCAGGAGGGGGGAGGAGGUGGAAAGUGAUGUGGAUAAUAGUGUCAUCAGCGGCUGGCUGAAGUUCCGGGACAACAAGCGGUGGAAAUCAAGAUGGGGCGUUGUAACGAAACUAUCACCAGCCGCAGAUUGUCUCCACCUGCAACUCUACCGGGACCCAAAAGACCGCUUCAAGAAGGGCCAGACCAAGGCCUCGCUGUCGCUUCAGCAGUUCCUCGGCUUCGAGUCUGGCUUCACUCUCGACAAGGAGUCCAACACCAUCGCCAUCAUCUGCCAGGAUGUCAUCGUGGUUCUGGCUUUUGAGACCAGGGAACGGCUUAUUGCUUGGCAGGUGAAAGUGGGCAGUCAGCUGGGCUCUUCCAAAGAAUGGCUGGUGAUGAUUGGAGGAGGAUCCCGCAAAUUGCCAGCAGGUCCUGCGAGGUUACAUCUCCAGGGCAGAAGGUUUGCCCUGGCCAGUGGGGUUCCACCACGUUUGCUGGGGCUUUGGGAGCUGGCGCAUCUGAGACGUUAUGGAGUGGUGGAAGGUCGAUUCUGCUUUGAAGGUGGUUCUCACUGCGGCAAGGGUGAAGGCCUGCACGUCCUCAUAACUGAUCAAGCUCAGGAUAUAACUGAUGGCUUUGAUGCUGCAGCUCACAGGAACCCGAGAGGACCAGCGUCUAGGAAGAGCGGAGGCGCUGACAGGAAUCGUCCCGAUACCCGACUGUCAGACAUAAACGCAGACCAAUCGUUACCAGACACGGGACUAUAUGAAGAAAACUUCUUUGGAGAGGACUGCGGGGGAGUCUCACCGUUUUGGCCAUCGGAUGAAAGGCGAGGAUUCGAUGACCAUGAUUGCAAAGGAUGCGAAGAAAACGCAAGACCUCCGUGGAGCGGAGCUGAUCAUGUUACCUUAGAAAGAUGUAGUAACUGUGUGACAAAACUGGGCACAAUGACUAGAUCUUCAACUGUUGCACUUACGCCUGGCACACAAUUCAAUCCAGCUUGGACGAUGGAAGCAGUACCAGAAAGUAGCUCUGACAACUCUUCAAACAGCACAGAAUAUUUGACUCCACGAGCAAUACGAAGGACCCUAGAAGCAAGUCAGAACAAAGAAUGGGCUCCACAACGGCCACCGAAGCCUGCGAGGCUGGAAGAAAUAAAAGCUCCAGCGCCUUUGCCAGCCACAGUUUGCACUUGUGCGAGCGAAAAAACUACAACAGCUAUUAUCAAUAAUCCGAAAGUUGGACCUUACGAAAACUACGAUGUUCCUAAAGCUACCCAUAUUGAGGUGGAACCUACAAAUGAGUAUUACGAUACACCAAAACGAAUAAAGAAAGCUCUGGCUGAAGAUCUAUUUCAAGUUACAAAGAACUCUGCGCCUGGAAAUUUAGUACUAAAGAAAAACUGCGGAUGCAUUUUGAAAUUUGGAUCCAAAAAGAAACCGGUUAUAGUUGAGUGUGACGAAAACAUCCAGCCAGUCGAAUGCCCUUGUCAAAAAGUUACAAAUUGGGCAAAUAACUUAAUAAGUCUUCCUUAUUGUAAAAGAAGUGAGAAUUAUGACAAAGUUAAUACCGAAAUCCUCACCGCGCAGAAAUCAGAGGAAAUGGCUCUCUACGCUACUGUUGAUGUGUCACGUAAAACUAAUAGACAAAGUUCAAUAGCCGAAAAAGAUAGUGUGCACGAUUGUAGUGAAACAUCAUUGAUGAACUAUGAAAAUUUAGGGCCGAAAGGAGAAGAAUUUGAAGACCCAUACGCCAACUAUGAAAAUCUAGAAUUCGCUUUAUCAUUAGAAUAUUAUGAAAAUGCGAAAGAUUUGUUAAAAAAAGCUGGUGUCACACAAAAGGAAUUAGAUGCAUUAAGUGCUAAUGUAGAUUUUGCAGAAGUUGCACUUCCACCUAAACCAAAACAUUGUGCAAAGUGUGGUCACUCAGCAAAACAUCAGGCUAUGAAAAAGAAUAAAAGCGACGAAUAUUUAUUAAUGGAACCCCCCAAAGAUAUUAAGCGAGAUUUAUGUAGAACAACGGGGCCAAACCCAGGUUACACCCCAAUGUCACCAAAUCCAAAUUGGUCUCAAAGUCUCAGGCAUCCCUUGCAAAAACUAAACAGAGUUGAAAUUGAAAAAUCUUUGAGUAUACCAACGCUCAACGGUAGUGCGAUUAGGGCACAGAGUUUUGAUACAACUUUGAGUAAUAACAAUAAGGAAGCAAUACAAAAACGGUCUAGCUCUGUAGACUCAGCAAGACUACUAGAAGAUCUGAAGGAAUUCGAUAGUAGUAUUGGCAGUCACGCCACUUCUUCUUCUUUAGAAACAUUAAGGAACUUAGCAAUUGAAAAUAGAAGAACAUCAUCUCCAUGCGAGAACGAGAGAGACUGCUGUGAUCACGACUGUUGCAAGUCAUCUGACUCUGAAAACAAAACGUCAGAGGGCAGUUCCAAAGACGUGCCUCAUUUGAGGAACAAACACAUGGACAAUGCCCAAAUUAAAAGAUCUUCAAGCGUUCCAUGCAAGUCUGGAGGUAAUAGAGACUCAUCGAGUUCUAACGAUUCAGGAGUGUCAAGUUGCUCAAUGAAACAUGGACCUGAAUAUAAUGAAUUUGAGAUGCCGCUGACGUCAGGCCAUUCUAGGUAUCAGUACAUGGCGCAGAAGAGAAUGAGAGGAAAUGCUACAGGCUGCAUACAUUCUUCUUUGCCAAGGAAGUCAAAGUCAUCAGAUCCGCUGAGAGACAUGACGAUGCAGAUACACAAAGCUAAUGUGCCGGCUAAAUCGUCUUCAGCAGAAGCAGAAGUGCCGGUGCUUCCUCCGAAACAGUUUAAAGGAGUCAUGGACACACACAGUACAUCAAGUGGGACGUCUGACAUGUCAGAUUAUAUCGAGACACUUUCGCUUACUUCGUCGCAUUCAUCUUCAGAUAAUCCUAAUUUGAGGUUGGCACGGCAACCCACUACUACGCUGCGGCCACGCUCCGGCAAGGAGUACCACAACCUGGACCCCAUCCUCACCUCCAUGUACAAAAGCGGGAAGGAGCUCUCCAACUACACCAACUUACCUUAGAAGAAAGAAUCAAAGUAGGACAAGUCCAAGUAGAAGAACAAGAACAUUCAGUAGAAGAAGAAAAAAAUUGUUGAACGGAUGUUAAUUUUUGUUGUUUUUAGUUUUUGUUGAAUUGUUACCAAGGUUAUGUUUAUUAAAUAUAGAGAUCUUUUGAUAGAUGAAGAAUUAUACCUACAUUUUAUGUGAUAUUUGUUGUACACAUGAACAAUAUGUGACCAUUCAGGUAUUUAGUAGAUAGAGAAUGGUUAUUUACAGUAACAUUUUAUUCUUCAUUUAGUUUUGACUGUCAAGAGAUCUUUUCUAACUUAUUUUAAUACUCAGUACGAUCAUGUUUUGUUAGAUCUCGUUUAUAUGUAUCUUAUUUUUGUUGAUUUUUGUAGUUUUAUACUAAAAUCCAGUAAACUGUCUAGUCAGACGAUUAAAUUUGGUCGAGAGAGAUGUAAAAAUUAAAGAGACAGAUAUAUUUAAAGAUAAAAAUAAAUAUAUUGGAAAAGUAAACGUAGUCACUAAGCUAGAUUACACUAAACAUGAUGCGGUAAAAUUUAGUAUUACUUUACAAAAUUUACGAAUUAUCAAUGUUUUUGUACCAAGAAACAAACAAAAUAGAGUGAUAGAAAUCUGGAUGUAUUAAAAAUAGUUCAUUUUACGUUUUCAAUUUAUUGAACACAAAAAGACUGAUUUUUAUUAAACACUUUUACAUUUGUGUUAUUUUUUUUUUCACACACGAAUCUAGUCAGAGAUUGUAUGAUAUAUUUAUUUAAGAAAUAGAUGGUUGUAUAGAUGUAAAAAAUAGGGUAUUAUUAUAAACAACGAUUACCGCAGUACGAGUAGUGGUAGAUGUAAAAAUACAUUUUAUACGACAAUUUUCUUACAAUAUUUAUCCUUGUAAAAUAUAUCCUUCGCAAAUUAUACUAAACAUAGUCCUACUGACAUUAGUUACUGGUCUCUUUUAUUAUGAAAAAGUAUGUAAAAUCUGAUAAUUAACUUUGAAAAUUUUGAAAUUUGUGAAAUUAUUAUUGUGACUAUUUUAGAUACUUACCUAUUAUUUAUUAUGAAAAGCCCACAAUAGUAAGAUUAUAAAUAAAUAAGAAAGAGAAAGGCAUAAAAUAGUAAUUGUAAGUGACUUAUUUACUUAAUCUCUCAGGAGUUAUCCGUUUUAAGUGAAACAUUAAUACAAAUACCUCAAAAGCAUUCAGAAAAAUAGAAUAUUAUUUACAUUAUAACUUUCUCCACCUUCUUAACCUAAAAUAAAUGCCAUAAUCGAAAAAAAUACUAAAGCCGUUAAAUGCCCAUAACUAGAAACAGAUUCAUCAAAUUUUUUUGGAUUCGCGGCAAAUGCCUAAACCAAUCGGAGACCCGACCAGCACUCGGAUGGGUCUAAUUUUCAAAAUUAUAUUCUUCAUUUGAACAGUUAUUUUUUCUGUAUGCUUUUGAUCGAAGAUAUCAACAUAAUCAAUCAGACUAAUUUUGCUCAAAUAAGGCAUUUUAAUGGCAAGGGACGAUAAGUGCAAUAUCAAGUAGUAAUAGUGACUUUUAUACCUACUUACGUUCAGUAGUUCAUGCUAGUUCGUUCAUAUACCUACCGGUACUGUAUCCUCUAUGUAUACCUAUCUA